AUGAAUGAUACAAAUAAUAGUAGUAAUGGCCUGGAUGUAGAGUCGGAAUCAUCAUCAACAUCAGGUGUUGUUGUAUCACCUACUCUAUUGUCAACAUCGGGUUCAUCCCUUAACCAGCAGCAGCAACAACAACAACAGAGUAAUACAUUCGUACCUCAUCCGACAUUGGUACAGAUAUCACAGAUACUUCAACAGUCGAUUGAGAUGAAGUUGUGCAGUUCGAUUGAGACGCACAUUGUUGUGUGGGACACGCUGAUGCACAACGUCGAGACCAAUCCAGAUGUGAUAGCGUUGACAAUCUCACUGCUCAUGACCAAGUACGUGCAGCUAGUGUCAAUGCCAGAGAAGCGCAACACUCCUCUCAUCUCAUUGCUCAUCUCAAUAUUGUCCAAGAACAUCAGUCCCGUAUCGUCCAUCACAUCAUCAGGCUCAAGUAUCCCAACAACCAGCAGCAGCAGUAGUACAUCACAGCAGCAGCAACAACAGACGACUGACAUUGUAGUGUCAACUGUGGAUGAUAUGGAGGAGGUUGAGGUUGACGAGGAUGAUGUCGAUGAUGACGAUGACAAGUUAGUUCAACAGACCUCGAGUAUCAACAUCAAUGGAUCAUCGCAGGCCAUCCCCCAACAACAGUCAUUGAUUGUGGACAACCAGCAAUCAUCCUCUACACCCACACAACAAUCAACUCCUUCUCUUGUGGCUGCCAAUGCCACAUCACCUGUUUCCGCAUCCACAACACCAACCACAUCCACUACAACUACUACGACAACAACGACAACACCACUAUCACCAACAUUGGCGUCAUCACCAGAGGAGCAACGCGAGAUUGACCAUAUGAAGUCAACGAUCAUCACGACCUUGUACUAUAUUGCCCUAUUCAACAACUUCAACUCGAACAACCCUACCCUGAGAUUCAUGCUCACGCGCUACACCGACCACUUUGACAAGUCGCGCGACACCACCGACCUCCUCAAGAUCCUCUCGCCUGGCUACAAAGACUCAAGCGAGUACAUCUUCUAUCUCAUCGAUCGUUGUUCCGACUUCACGACCGAUACCCAAGCUAACAAGAAUAUCGCUCGUAGCUGUUGGUUCAAUAGUUGUAUCACGGACAUGUUCCAGCAGGCCAACAAGCACAAACAGAUAUUCGAGAAUCUGUUGCUGUUCCUGAAGCAUCCACUGUUGCUGGAGAAGAGGAUGUUGUUCUUCCUCCAGAUGCUGAAGCACUACCUGCUGGUGGCACCAUUGAUCUCUCCAUCGGCACUGGCCGCAUCACUAUCGAUAGUGAACACCUAUUACCUGUGGCCACGACCCUUCUGCGACCUGGCCAAAGAGAUCCUGGAGAUUCUCUCAAUCGAGUACCAAUGUCCAGGCAGCUUCAUCCGAACGAUGCUAUCACAUGAGGUGCCCUCUGUAAUGGGUGCCAACAAUGAGCCUGUUACACAUGCCCGUCCUGCUGCUGCCCACAACAACUCACCAUCACCUUCAUCGCCACUGUUCUCGUCAAUGUCAUUGAAUGAUCGUCCAACCAUUCACAUGCUCGUUGAUCGAUACAACGCCGAUGCUCUCUCCAUUCAAGACAUCUUUGAGCACUACACCAAGAACACCAAUCCAAGCGUUGUACAACUACAAGCCAAUGAUAUUACAAACAUAUACUAUCGAAUCAUGGGCUUUGACAAUGAUGCCCUUGGACUGGAAUAUCUUUCACCUUCCGAUAUUGGGAACAUCCAUUCAAGGAUCAUAGAUUUACUCAACAAGACUAUGUACUUAGAGAUAGAGGACUGCAAGGCCACAAGGAUAAGAGAACUUGCCUCCAUUAGGGAGGACAUUGUCAAGAUAUCUACAAAGGGUGCACCAUUCAAACAUGUUCCACAGACCCUCAUACUCCCCAAUCUACAUUAUAGCUUCUCAUCACUAUAUAGGAUCAGCAUAAAGAAUAAGAAGCCAGAUGAACUUGCCACGCAGUACUGCUUCCCAGUGUACAGGAAGACUACCAACCUGCUGACAAACAUGUUGACACAUUAUCAAACUGCAGAUUGGAAACAACCGAUCAAGAUAUGCAUCGUUGGCAACGACGCCUCAAUCCAUCAUGUGGUGGGCUCCUACGUCUACCUAAAGUAUCAUUCGCCCGACCUCUUCACUGAUCUCGACCUCCAGUUCUUCCUCAUCCCCGCUGGUCCCACGUCCAAGUUUGCCGAGUUCCUCGCCACCUUUGACAACUGGUACAACAGACAGGUUGCAGGCAUUGUCAACUCAAUGUAUGAUAUCAUGCCAGCGUUUAAACCAACAUCAAUCAGCCAACCGGAUCAAACAGCAGUGUUGGAAUCACUGGCCAACAUUAAGGAGGAGAGGAAGAGUAUAUUGUUUGACAACACAAAGAAGGAGGUUGCUCAGAUUGAAGAGCCAGCAGUGCCAACAUCAAGGACUCCAUCAUCAAUCGUGCUCUCUGAGUUGCAAUAUCUAUUCCGCGAGGCAUCCUACAAGUUGAACAUCCCCCUAAUGAAGUGUGAAGGCUGGAACGAAGACGUCUAUCACACCAUCCCCUUCUUCCAUCGUGCCGAGAUUGGUCUGAAUGCAUACUUCCAAGGAACAGGCGAAGCAGCACUCAUUGAUAGUAGUUUGGCAAAUAGAAUGAACAAGUAUGUUCCGGCCAAUGUCACUGCAAAGAUUGGCAUUGUCAAUCCACUUGGAACACAGAUACAACAGUUGACACUUGAUUCAAAGACCUACUUUGAACUAUCGAUAGUCAAUCAAAUGCCAAAGUUCAACAAGACUUCACAAGUCACUCCAACUCAUUCAACAUCGCCACCAUCUUCAAAUAACAACAACAACAACAGUAAUACAAAUGGUAACAGCAACAGCAACAACAGUAAUAACAAGACAAAAGAGACGACAACGACAGCAAGUCUACCACCUUCAAUGGAUGUAUACCUUACAGAGUUUGACGCCAAGAAGAAGCGUGCCAAGAAUGAUGAGCCCAUCAACUUUACAUCCAAUUCAAUCGAGAUUGAAUGUGCCAAAGAUGAGAAGAAGAAGCCUUUCGAUGUGAUGCUCGAUGGACAACUCUGUGGACCCUACACCAAGAUCAGAAUAACCUUUUGCAAUGUCUCUGAUGAAGUCAUUCAAAUGCCCAUGAUGACAUAUCUACCCUAUUACUAA